UCCGUACCUACGUAGAGUUUUCACCUUCUCCUUUUUGCUAUCUUUGGUUGGUUCUGGAAAGCAUUCACUUUUGUUGCUUUUCUUCUUCAAAGGCUUAGAGCUUUGAGAAUGGCUUCUCCUCCUUCUUCUUCUUCUUCUUCAGCAUCAACGGGGGAUGAGAAACCGCAUGUUUUAGCGGUUGAUGACAGUCUGUUGGAUCGCAAACUCAUUGAAAAGCUACUCACCAACUCUUCAUGUAAAGUGACUACCGCAGAGAACGGACAGAAGGCACUGGAGUUGUUAGGCCUGGGCGAUGAUGGGCAGCGCACAUUCAAUGGUGAUGCUUCCAAGGUAAACUUGAUAAUCACUGAUUAUUGUAUGCCAGGAAUGACGGGGUAUGAUCUACUCAAAAAAAUUAAGGAAUCACCUACCAUGAAGGAUAUACCAGUAGUGGUUGUGUCAUCAGAGAAUGUCCCUACUCGAAUUAAGAAGUGCUUGGAUGAAGGAGCUCAAGAAUUCAUCAUGAAGCCUCUCCAGCUAUCGGAUGUUAAGAAAUUGAGAUGUCAGCUAACAAAGUUCAGCAAUCCUCACAAUGGGAUGCUUUGCAUGGGAAGAUGACCACCUCCCUCAGAAGAGAACAGCAGGGAAAAAAAAAAUCUAAAAAAGCCAUAGGAAAACAAAAAUGAAGACCGACUUACAUGAAUACGUCAAGCCCUCGAGAAAUUCUAGUAUUAGUUUAGUUUAUCUUUCUAUCGCUAAUCUGAUAUCCUUUGAAAUGCCUUUGCUAUAUAUAUAGAAGCACAUUCUGUGGA